GUUAAAACGCUGUCGACUGUUCAGAACUACUACACCUCAGGGCUGCCGAUGCGCAAGUUUUCCUUGCCGUACAGCUGGAGGGAUAACUCGUAAUAUUAAUUCAACAUUGCCAUCAGUACGGAUGUUGGACAGUUACUUUUAAAGUAAGGAAGUUUUACGCAUUUCCUUUUGUCUCAGCCUUUAUAAUUUGUGCCGCAAAUUGUGAACCGCUGCUGACGACUGCUUCACUCGCUCGCCGAACGCAGUUAAGUUUUUUAAUUGUCUAAGUGAGAAAAGAUAUAGUGAAUGCAGAUGAGAAGCAAACUGUUUUGAAGUGAGACAAAAAUCUUAGAACAUAAAUUCAGACAUGUUAUUCAAAUAAGGUGUUUCUGUUUUCGCACUGCUUUAAUGAAAAGGCUUUGGGGCAUUUGGGCAUAAUCAUGGAAUAUACGAACGAUUUGUCCGUCGCAGUUUCACGGACACCGCGCUACCUCCUAACUUACAACUAGUACUCAUUUCCGAUUGAACGAAUCUUCAAAUUCAGCCGCACUUAGCACGCUGGGCUUAAAAAUGUCGCUCUUAGAAAUAGGCGCUUUCCAUCGGGCUAUAUUGGCUUAAGUUUGCUGGCAUGUGCUGAAAGAAAGUGUGAGACUGUUUUUAUAAGAAUAACCUUUCAAAACACAAAUCUAACCCGUACUUACUACGUAGCCGUGAUUGGCACAUUCUCAGUGAAAGAAAUUGGCAUUAAUUUUCAUAAAAGACACCUUGUGCCUCGUGGUGUAAUAGUCAUACAGAGUCAUACGGUUAGUCACACCAAGAAAGUAAAAAUCUAUGCAAAUUUAUGCAGACACAGCUAGCGACUCCACUCAGGCAUCUCAUGUGCUUGAGGUGCAAAGGAAAGGAAAAACAAAUGCAUUGAGGGAGAAGACAUUAUAAAGAAAAAAAAAAGACUAGCGAAUUACAAGAAAAAACAAUUCCUUCAAAAAGUGGGAAUAAUUUUUAAAAAAAAAGGUCUUUAAAAUCUUCCUUGUUUUUUUCCCCUUGUUUUACAAGUAGAGAAAGAGAGGAGAAGGCCUGAUUUCAAGCACCUGAGAGGAGUUGGACCUAAAAGUUGUGCUCCCUCUCUUUGAACACAUACCAGCAGCAAUGGGCGAUCAGCAGCAUCAAAAAGUUGGAGAGAAAAGACGUAAUGAUCAUGAAGUCGAGAAUGGUGGCGCAUCCAAGGAACCCAGGGUGGAUUCGACAGAUGCCCAAAUACUUAUGGUAGGUGUAGAGCAACGAAAUCAUUAUCGUGAGGUAUGGAAGUUGUUUUUUUUUGAAAAAAUUAUUGUGCAGUGUUAUUUAUAGAGUGCAGUGGUAACAAACUACAUGCAUUUGCAUUGUAGAAUGAGCGUCUGGUUUUGAAAGGCUUAGUUCUACAGGCACAAAAAAGAUCUGCCCUUAAACUGAGGCUAUAAAAAUCAUCUCUUGCGGCUGAUGGCAAGUAUUAACAUCAAUCAAUAUAAUCAAUCAAUAAUUUUUUUUACCCACGUUAUCGUCUAAGAGCACAAGUGCUCGUUCAAAAUACGAACGUGCAUUAAAUCUACAAAAAAUAAUAAAAUAAUAAAAUAAAAAACAAUAAUAAUGAUAAUAAAUAUAUAUAUAUAAUCUAUAAUGUAUGUACACAUGAAAAUAAAAAAUUAUAAAAAUUAAAAAUAUAAAAAUUACAGCUGAGUUGACAUUAGCUUAACAUGAAUUGAAACUUGCGAAAAUUUGGCCAAUUGUUUCAAGCUUUACGGCUAUGCCCAGCAAAAGGUUCACGCAUGGUUAGUGCUCCCUGAUAAAAUUUGUUUGAUAUCUUCUUCAGGAGCAUAUUGUGUAUAACAGGCUAAAGGCACUGAGUAACAACUUUAGCACAGAAUUGGUUUAAAACUAUCAUCUUGGAACAGUGCCUUUAAGAGUUGCAUCAGGAGCCGUCCCAUCGAAAUAGCCAAAUAUGCUAGUUUUAGAACAAACUGCGCCACCUUCAACGUCACAAACUCGUCAUGUUUCGUUUCAGCAGGUCAAAGCCACUGAUUCUUAUGCUAUCGAGUCGAUUGAAGGUUCAAACGGAGCGGGCUCGUUACUGAAAGUUGAAGACUAUGGAAAUUCCCGGAAACUCAAUGUGUACUUUAAUGGAUCAGAUUUCAGUGAUCCAACAACAGGUAUUGCUUCAAGUGAUUUGGCAAUUGAUUUGGUGUCAUAUUAUCAACUCAUACACAUAUACAUAUACAGUAAGUAAUGGAUCAGAGUUUGACUUCUUGAAAACUGAAGACGAUGAAAAUCCUAGGAGACUAAACGUGAAGCUAGAGAAAUCAGACUGCAAGGAUCCGGAAACAGGUAUUCCCAGUCAGGCGAUUUUGUGAUUGACUUCGAAUCAUGACCUGACCGCACAGUUGUAUACAAAAUGGGGUCUGGCGGGGAAGGCGGAUCAUGAUCCCACACUCCCCCUUCUUUUUAACGACAAUCCCGCAUCGCGAACUUCAGUCAUCUCUAUCCCGAAUACUGUUUUCUUUCCCAAAGAAUGCAUUCUUUGCCAAGAUUUGGGCGAAUCCCGCUUCCAGAGAUGAGCAGUCAAAUCCAGUAUCUCGUCAAGGAAUUUUGCUUGUUCUCUGUAUUUUGGUCAGUGAAAUCCGGCUAGGUCCCGACAAUACCCUUCCAGACCAUGAUAACACUUUUUAAUGGGCUGUAAGCCACAACUGUAAAGUACAGUCAAAGAGAAUCGAUACAAGCUUUCAACGCAAAGAUUUUAAACGGAAAAUACAGGCAGUUAUUGGGCUAUGGUUAACUUUGGAUCCAUAUAUUUCACCGAUCAUUUUAAAAACGAGGUCUCUCGUUUGUAUAUCCAAAUGAUCCAAGAAAUCGUUGGGUUGGUAGCUUGUACCAAUUCUCUGCAUUCCAGCGAUUUAAUGGAGUGAUGAAUAGACCUCAUUAGUUUCUUAUCUUUCUUUCUCUCAUUGUAGAACGCGUGCUGUUGCAGUAGAGAAUAGUACAUGUCUUGUUAUGAACGCAUAAGUUUGAAUCGACAUUAGAUUGCCCUAUAGUUAGACAUCAAUGGAGCCGAAUUAAAAUUAUAGAAAUAUAUCUUAUCUACCAGAAAAUUUGUUUGAAAUUGUUUGAUCCGUUGUAUGUGUUUUCAGUAUUUCAGAUCCUAGAAAGCGUAGAAAAGAUGGCGAAUUUCGUGAAGUACAGCAGAAAUGAUGGGAAUUUUUACCUGGCAGCGGAAAAGGAUAUGGAAGUACAACUACGUGUAAGCAAACGAAUUUAAGAGAUCCAAAAAUGCAUCACAAAAUACAGAACUGUGGCCCUCCUGCUGUUUCCUAGUGGAAACUAAACUUGUUAGCCCAACUUACUGCUAGGCUGCAAGGAAAUGGAAAUGGGUACCGAAAAGGGUCUAAUGCUGCCCACAGACUACGAUCGAGUAAAUGAACUGAGAUCAAUAUCCGUACAAAGCAUGAUCUCAGUAUCCUAUUUGUAUGGAUUCUGUUUGGUAGACUGACCAAGGUUUCAGUUUAACUCACGACAUCAAGCUCUGCGUAACGCUAGUUUGCGUAGCAAGCGUUUUGUUGGGACGAGAGCAAAAAAAGAGGAAUGUGAAGGAAGGAGGUUAUCGUUUCCUUUCCCCCUCCCUCCUUCUUUCUUUUCUUUGCUUUCGCUCCAUUUUUCGCGCAAUAACUCGACGCUUGCAUGCUAUUACGUAGUCUAGCAAACCGCCUGCCCUACAAAGCUCUCCACCCGUUAAAUUUGUUAACACCAUUUUUAAUUUAUCAGUAACAGCGUUUUUUUGUUAAGGUAAUUUUAAGCCUCAAAGAUUAAACUGAAAAGGUGAUUGCUGUUGUUUGUUUAACAGAAAUUAGAAAACCCUCCCGAAGGCGACGAAUACUUCUUUUUCAUCAAAAAGGUUAAUGACGAAUGUGGACCUGACUCCCCCGUUAUCUUCCAGUCAAAGAAAACAGGCGAUUAUGUUCACUGCAGCAGUGAUACCGGCAGGGUGUUCAUGAAGAAGGCCGUAGGAAAUGAAUCUCUUUCAGACCGGGAAACAUGGUUCAAGUUAGUAGAUAGACUUGAGCCGCAGGACAAACUAACCAGCGAUGUGGAUUCAGUGGAUGGCAGUGAAGUCCAAAAAGAAGCCACUAUGAACGAACUGAAUCAUGAGGACAAGAUAAACAGCCACUCUUCUUUAGAAAGCGCUUCAGAUACUGAAAAGAAAAACGGAGACGGAGACCCGAGAGAGGAAGCCCUCGAAGAAGUGGCAAAUGACGGGAAAGACGUAAUACUAAAUUUGCGGGAUUCAACGAAGAAAACCUCCGAUGAACAGAAAGUGGUAAAGCCCGAGGAACAGGGGAAUGGAAAUUUAAGAGAAAACGAUUCUUGCUAAAUAUUCAAGAAGCUAUAAAAUUAAAUUAGCGCAGUUUUUUCAGCCCGUUUCUUUCGUAUUUUAAAGGAUACUGAAGAAUGAUAAAAAUAUAUACAUACACAUAGACACGUAUGACGACUCUGAUAAGCGUAGUAGUUUGGCUGCUUUGACAAAUAAAGCGGAUAUUGAACUAAUGUUGCAAAUAGAAAUUAAAAUAUGCAUUUGUAAAUGGGGUUAGUUCUUGUAUUUUUCAGACAAGUGGAAAAUUUCUGAAGUAUUACCUUUUUAUAAGGAGGAUAUAAUGGAUCAGUAUACGUUUCUGAGAAACUGCCCACCUACCCCUCCCCUAAGCCAACAUUUUGCUUCAAGUGAGAAGUAGAGGAGAGGUAAGUGGCCAGUUUCCCAGAAAGGUAUAAUUGUUAAAACAAUUAUUGAAUGAGGCUUAGUGUCAUCUGAAGAGUUGUGGAUCGAGGAGGAGUCUUAUCGGCCCUGUCGGAUGAAACCCUCCGACCUAAACAGCAGUUGCCGUCGUCUAUAAAAAGGUAUCUGUAGGUCUAGGGGCUUUAAAACGUAUUCGUUCCUGGUGCCCCGCCGCCAAACCCUACUAAUAAUGUAUGAGGCUUUAGUCACUCCUUAUUUUGAUUAUUGCUCCGAGGUUUGGGGAUGUAUGGGAAAAGGCCUGGGUGACAGACUCCAGAGAUUGCAAAACAGGGCCGGGAGAAUUAUAAGAUCUUCUGAAUUACAAGAUCUUCUGCUAUUUUCCAGGACUUAGGAUGAGAUACCCUUGAGCAGAAACGCUCUAAGAAGCUCGCGAUUAGUGUUUUUAAAUCGUCAAAAUUGAAAAUUGAAAAAUGUAUAUUUAGUGGAUGACCACCAGCUUUUUGUAACAGUAAAUUCGAUCCAGGGUGCAGAGCAACCCCUAAUGAUGAUCUAUCAAUAAGUGUUGACAUUGAUGGAGAAGAUAUCACAUCUGCUCCCGCACUUAAACUAUUAGGGGUUACCAUCGAUGAUAAGCUUGAAUAUAACCGACAUAUCUUUGCUAUCUGUAAGAAGGCUAGCCGAAAUUUGUAAGCGUUAUUGUUCGUCAUGUGCGCAUGAUCUCCACCGAAGCUAAGCUUCAACUGUUUAAAUUGGCAACAUAACCUGUGACCUGUGGCAUUCAUUUUUGCAAAGCAUCGGACACGGGAAAACUAGAAUGGGUUCAAGAGAGGGCGUUACGCGAGUUUUCAACGACAGAAAUGCUGAAUAUGGAGAGUUAUUGGAGAAGUGGCGUCUGACUAGCCUAGUAAAUAGGCAUCUUCAAGACAUUUUGAUAUUUAUGUAUUAAGUUCAAGUUUCCUUAGCACCAAGUCCAUUUGUGAAAUACAUGUAUUUUAUAAGCAAGUUAAACACAACAAUCUAAGAUGCGGUGAAUUUCCAAAUCCUAACUUAAGGACGGUCUGGGAAACACAGUCGUUUCAGAUAUCCAGGCCCCUAAUUGUAGGGAAAAAUAAGUCAGAGUAUUCAUAGAAAAAAGAGUCCUCAAGCCCUCAAGAAAGCCAUAAGGGGAAUUAAGAUUGUGAACCUUUUUGACAGAUCUUUGAAAUGCAAUGCUUGGGCUACAUAAUAGAUUUUCCUUAGUUAAAAAAAUUUAUAUGCAUGAGAUUAAAUUAUUCAUUUAUUUCAAUUUUUAUAUUCUACUCUACAUAACCAUCCAUUUAUCCAUGUAUUUGUAGAUAGGACUUUUUCUUUUUUGUCCCCAGUUAGCUUCUUAGCUAAAUCUUCUGACACUUUUUAAGAUAAAGUACAAGUAUGUACGUAUGUUACGAUUUAAUGUACGUUAACUUACUUGCUUGUUUUAGUUACUUAGCUUCAGCGAAGUUUUUAAGAAGAUGAAAAUUUACCUACAUAUCAGAAACACCCAACACGUAUCAUAUAGUUUUUUUUUUUUCUCAACCUGAACUUUUACAUCUAAGCGGUAACAGUGUUGAUAGACAGAUUGUGGAUUAAACCCCGGCUAGGGUGUGACCAUUAAUUGCUGUUCAUAUUUUGAUACACAGUGACUAAUAUCUACAACGUUAAAAACACUUACGUGAUGACUGGCGGCGAUGUUUCUGAAAGUUUGAGUGCAUGCAUACUGGAGUGGUCAAACGUUUGAGCAACAGUUUGACAUUUUUGUGUUUAUGGGUCUAAGUAAAUAUUUUUAAGUCUCAAAAACUUUGGACAUUUUUAGAACAAUGAAAAAUUCAUGUCUUUUUGUCUUUGGCGAGAGACCUUAUAAGCUCUUUACUUUAAAAUGUGACACGUUAAAGCGGUUCAGUUAUAUGUACAGAAUCAGACACUGCAUUUGGUAUUUGAUUUAGUGCUUGUAACAGUUUUCUACUUCCUCUAUUAGGCAGGAAACUAACUGCGUGGGUUACGUUUCACAAGCAUGAAUUACGAACCUUUAUCAUUAUAAGUAAUAUUGGAAUCAGUCGUUUAAAGCUGUAAUAGAGGCCAAACCUAUGUCCAGCAACUUCCUGCUCACAGGGUAUGAUUUGGGAAAACAACUGUUUGCUAUAUAUCAGAGCUAUGUGACUUGCAUGACCUCUUUUCAUCACUCAAAGCGAUCUUGACUUAACAAUGGUGAACUUGGAAAACAUUUUACACCAUUUCUCCAUAGCUUUCAGCAUCAAAAGCUUUUCUUGCUUUCUUAAGUUCUUCAUUCAUUGUCAACAGAUCCUAGAAUAAAAAACACAAAAACAACAACAACAAAAAAGACAAUUUUAUGACUUUUAACACCAGAAAAAAACUUUUCUAAUUUUCUUAUGGUAGCAUUCCAGCCAUUGGAUGUUUAAUUUAGACCAGUUUUUCAGAAGGCUAUAUUAAUAUUACAUGUAACUGGGUUUUUAAAUGUUAUCUUCUGGUCAGUUCAAAAACAUUGUCCCCGGCUUUGUUCUGACAAGAACAAGGCCAAAAAAUGUCUCAAUAUAACAACAAGACAAAGUAAGCAACAUUCCCCCAAAUAAAAUGUUUGUUUCGUUCAACAGGGUGAAAAGACAGUCAGGUUUACAGGUUGCCAGUCGGGAAGGUUGUACUUAGCAUGUACUAGCCUAAAAGUCAUUCCAACAAAAUCUAAAAAAUAUUCUUGAUGAGCAGGAUUGAUCACAGUUUUGGUUGUAUGAAAUGUGAGUGACUAAAAAACAAAUAAAUAAAUAAUAAAUAACACUCCUUGCCACGGGCCGUAUGCUAUAUGCGUAAAUGCUUUGUGGGCAUCCAAUUGUAAACAUAGGGGACCAUUUCAUAAUAAAUUUUAAUAAUUAAAAUCCUUAUGCUUAAGAAUUUUGUUUCUCUUUGUUGUAAAGCCUCGGGGACGUAUUACCAUUAUUAUCCCGCUAUUGGCUCAUUAAACUUCUUUUAUUUCUUACCAAAUCUUGCAAACCGCAGCAUAUGGUAUCAUAUAGAUUGUAUAACCAGGGCCCCUGUACAUCAUAGUGUAGCGAAGUUAAUUCGUUUCUAAAUUAUAAAACCCCGUGAAAAAAGCACUCACAGGCUUGACUUUAAAUUUCAAAAAGGGAAGACGCUUUCAUUUUUGCUGUUUUGUUUAUAAUUUGAUUUUUUUUACUUUAAUCUUUUAUAGAUAUCCGCAAGAGACUAUAAAGGGGACAGAGAGGGCAUCCCCCAUCUACACCCUAUUCCAUAGGUAAUUCGUCUCGAGUUAUUUUUAGAAUCGGGAUAAAGUUACCUCGCGCGAGGCGUGGAUGUUUCGUGGAGGUUUCGCAUGACCAAACGCCGUGCAAAACAUGUCGGGCGAGAGGCAAUGAAAGCGUAAAAAGAUCGAGAGCAUUCCUGAAUAUUGAAGCGAAAUGAGUCGGCGCUCACCUGGGAAAAAGGAAUCGCUGGACUCUUUGACAACCCGUGAAAUCAGUUUAACUCGAAGUUGUCGUAACCUCAGUGCUUUAAUAAAAUGAGAAAUUUCGCCGGUCUAUUGAAACCGGUCGUUUGUACAAUUCAACGACGCGGAUGACACCUAGAACGUCAAAAAAACAAUAGGUUUAAUUAGCAAAACAACAACUUCGCACGUGCAACACACUUUUUUGCUCAUUUCUUUCCCGUUUUUGCACGACUACGACGUGAAAAUGCCUAAUUUCGCGUUUUAUGGAGGACGUAAAUAAGCAACGACGAAAUUUUAUUUCUCUUUCUGAGCUUGAAUAUGGUCCCUUGAAAUUCAGCUUUAGGAGGGUUCGCUUACAAUUGACAAAGUAAGUGGGUAGGAAUAAUCGCUAUAAAGACUGAAAAAAAUAAACAUCAAACCAGAAAUUGCUCUCUUCAAACUGUAAAUUAUAAAUGAUCCUGAGAGGAUAUUCAGUGUGUUAAGGAUUUCCCUGCUCUACUGUUAGCUCUAUACAAGAGAGGAAGGGCGAUUCUUUUUUAAUUUCGGUUUCGCUGACACAGCUUUCGCAGAAAUCUCGCUGUAGUCGUUUUCGUCGACAAAAGGAAUAGCAAAAUCGCUCUCCGCGUCUUCCCCCAUUUUGUUCUGCGUCAUUUCGUGAAGGACGCGUGGCUCUCAGCGUGAUUGGCUGUUGUCUAAUCCCCCUUGAGAUCUGUGGUGUUAAAAAAUAACUCGAGACGAAUUACCUAUGGAAUAGGGUGUAUAUGGGGGAUGCCCUCUCUAGUCUCUUGAUAUCCGUUAAGAAAAAAGAGGAACAGGAAGACCGCUAACUAAAAAGUAUUUGGGUCACGUGGUUCUGUUGAAAGUUGUCAAUCCAAAACACGUGGUUCCUUUCUCUGCUGUUGUUCUCAUUAUCGUUGAAAAUUAGAAACACAGUGAGUUGAGACAGUUUGUCUUCGUGAAGCUCUGUUAGCGAUCAGGUGAGACCGAUUUUUUGGCUGCUCGCCCAUUUGAACGCAGUUGAAUUUUGAACCAAUCGAGUGAGGAGAGCCAAGUAAGUGAAAAGUAUUACGAUGCAGCCAAUGGUCAAAUAUUGCGACGGAUAGUCAGUACAAUGUAUAUUUUUGACGUAGGCAAGCCAUCUCAGUCAUCGUAGGUGAAGGAUCGAUCAAUCUUUGUUAGGAAAGCAUUCAGGCUAUAAUUUGAAAGGCCUUUACGCUACCAACUCUACUAAUUGAUACCAACUUUAUAUCAUCGAAGGCGAAGGUCAGAUUAAUUGUUGUUAGGAAAGUAUGCCAUGAUUUGAAAGGCCUUUAACGCUACUAAAUUAAAAGUCUACUAAAUGCCAACAACAGAAACGCUGACUCAUUUGCAGUCUCACGAAUCUUCGAAUUAUUUAAGCAAUUGGGCAAAGCAAAAGAAAUCGCCAUUCUAACUAACACGUGUGUUUUAUUGUGAUAUUACCGGCUGGUGCUUCCUGAAGCGUGUUGUUAGUCUGGGGGUUUUUCACAGAGGAAGUCAUAAUAAAAGAUGCACUUUCACGUGAAUUUUAAAUCAUUUUCUAGUUUUUAUCUUUAUGGCUCUUUUCCUUUGUGACAAUUUCUUGGUUUACCUUUUUGCGAACAACAGUCCAAAUUCACUUGCCAAGGUGAACGAGGCCAAUAUUUCGGUCGUACCACCACUGAGUAACAAAUAACAUAUGCAAAUUUAUAUUAUUCAGCUUAAGUUAGACCCCCCCUCAAGUAAAAGACCAUUAAAAUUAAAAUUCUGUUGACGAAAGAGAACCAAAGGUAACUUGUAUGAGGAAAAGUAUUACAAAUAGUCGGAAAAAUGCAUGAUGUCGAGCUAAUCUUGAGCAGUUUACAAAAACAACUCGAGAUGUUAACUUUUUAACUUAAACUUUAUAUUUUUGUUUUUGCAUUGGAGCGUGAGCUGAAAAGGAGCCGGAUCGAGAAGAGAGCUAGCGCUUCAAGAUUUAGAAGAUUUCCCCUUUUUUUCCCAAUAGCUCUGAAGUCCCCGAAGAGUGUUCGCUUUCAAGCACACAAGCCGCAGCCAUGACCGAUCAGCUUCCUCAAAAAGCUGGAGAGAAGAGACCUAAUAACCAUGAACAUUAUGAAGAGGAGAAUGGUGGCACACCAAAGAAACAAAAAGUGGAUUUGGAAGACGGUCCAAGGAGAAUGGUAACCAUACAGUAUGAAUACUGUUUAGUAUGGUCAAAAAAGCAGCAAAAUCCAGUGAACAAACUAUUUUGGGUCGUGAAUUGUGUGCUUUUCAACUCUUAGCCAUCAGCCAAGCUCGGGGCCUUCUUCUCCCUCCACCGUCACCCAAAAAGUUCACCUCAACGCAACUGUGCGAGCUGAAUGCCUUUUUAAAGAACAUGGAUGCCUUGCUUUUUUCCCGGUGUCAGUCAGCUAGUCGCCUCUUACCGUACUUCCGCACGGACACCCCAAUGCAAGUUUUUGAAAGGAUUUUGCGGAAUGUUUUGCACACUACUUGCCCUAUCAAUUAUCGGCAAUUAAAAUUGUUGUCGUUUUGAAUGUUUCGUCGAAUGUGGUUUAGCCACGUCUUGGUUGUUACUGCAAAACUUAACCAUGUGCAAGGCUGCUCUUUUUCUAGCAUGAACUAAUUCAACUCCAGAUGACUUAAUCUGAAAUGCUUUAAUGAAUAACCUAGCAUGUGCUCGCUUUAAAGUUUUGAAAGCAUAAUGACUUAUAUAAAUCCUGCGUCCUUCAUAUCUCAUUAUAUUACUAUUAUGAGGAUGAUUGUGAUUAUGAUUGCGGAUUAUUCUAUAUAAAGUUUAAAACUUUAUUGCUGACGUUUGCUCGAUCAAUGAUCUUCCUCAAUUACAUAAAACAGUGACUCUCCAUGCACAAACGUGUUUGGACAAAAUUGCAUUUGUGUCAUUUUUUCACACACGCAAAGUAACAGUCUCGCGGGUAUGAGCCAACACUUGUCCAGUCCCUCCCCCCACCUCUAACCCCUCAUGCAACUGAUUUUGAAUACUCCUGUCAUUUCUGCUGAGUUGGAAGGGGGCGCAUCGAUGUAUUUAGUUAGAAGGUAGCAAUAUAUAUGUUUUAAAUUUAAGAGUGAAACAAGGAUAACCUAUGAUAUUACAUCAUUGGGUCAAGAACUCAUGUCCACCAUUGUGGUCAUCGGCUGGAGCACAACUAAGAGCUCAUCCCUACAUUAUGGGUCUGUAUUUCAUUUCAGAUCAAGGAACCGGAGCCUUUUGCGAUUGAGUCGACCAUUCCAGAUGGAUGUCUUUUGACGGCUAAAUACAAAAGAGAUUCCAUUAAACUAGAGGUGGCCUUCAACAGCUUAGACUUCGAUGACCCCUCAACAGGUAUGACUUUUCUAAGUGAUUUCUUGAUUGCUUUGGUUUUUCUUUGAUAUUCACUUUGUGACAGGCAAAAAAAUCUCGUGUCGCGUCACUUUCCCGUGCGAAUGAGCUUCUAGCACCCGUGGGGUGACAAGGAUGUUACUAAAACGGGGAGCGGGGAACAAGCACGGGCAACUGGAAAAUGAAAAAUGGGACCAAACCCAGUAUUAGAAAUGUAUUUACUGAUGAGGCUAUGGUUCAAGUGAAAUUUUGUUCCCUUUUUUCAUUUUCCCGUUCCCCGUGCUUGUUCCCCGCUCCCCGACGAGACAGUGACAAAACGCUCAAACGGCUAUCACGUCAUGACUGAAAUAACUUACCUUGUAGCCUUCACCAAUCCAGCCAGGUCGACUAAAAACACCAGAAUUUUGCAGAUAACUUUCAAAUUUAUGUUAUGAUCUUAAACGUAAAGUAACAUAGACAAGCAAUUACUGUCUCUAAAUUGCAACCAUGAUAAUUUGAGGUUUCGGAGACUUUACUGACGACACCAUCAUCUAGGUAAGUUCAGGCGAAAGUUAUGUACUUGACAAAAAAAGCUUACAGAAUGUUCAAGUAUCAGUGUUGGAGCUUAAUAAACAGUAGAUUUUCAACAUUUAACAGUUAAUGAAUAAUUCUCACUAUGAUAUGAAGAAUUAUGUAGACAGGAUUGCAGAAGGCGUUCCCUAUAGUUUCCUAUGAACUACGUGCGGUUUAUUUUUACUCUUGUCCAUGCAAUAUGAUCACGAAAAACGACCUCGUUACCUCAGUUGAAGGAGCUUAUUUCCUAUACUUAGUUAAGGCCUAGUCCAAACGUCGAACGUUUCAUGACAGAGACGAACCAAACUCUAAUUUGGCUCGACCUGAAUUAAGUUAAGAUCGUCUCAGUUGGGUCAGACGUCAGCCUUAGGACGCGUCGCCGGACCAAUCAACUGAAUCAGACCAAAAAGCAAUUUUGAUAAAUUUUCUACCGAACGAGGCUAAUUAUACAUUAUCGUACAAAAUUUUCGUAUGUAUUAAUUUAGUUCGUCGCAUGUGAAGAUCGACAUUUGUCGCGGAGACGAUCUUCAGACGUUUUAUCCGUCUGAAGAGGAGACGGAUAGAACGUGUUGGACGAACCAAACUCAUUCAGGCGAACUUAACUGUGCCAGACGUGGAACUUUUCAUGAACUCAACUCUCUAAGUUUGGUUCCUCUCAUGAAAAGUUUAACGCUAGGCCUAGACCUAAGACUUAAGAUCUUAAUUAAAGACAUAUUUCAGCUCCGCUUUCGGUGAACUUUGGGGUCUCAUACAUGCGUGUUUCCUUCGAAUUCUAAUUACUGUAACCGCUCGGAUUUGUGUGCAUUUGUAGGGGGUUUCCAGAUGAAAGUUCUGAUAAAAGUUAUGUUUGCACGACAUUCAUCUGAUAACUGCCUCCAGGUUCAUUUUAUCAGGGCAGAAACAGUGCCUAACGCUAUGUCCAUUAUAUUCCCUGUUUAUCACCGUCUUACGAUGGCUUAUGUCCUGCGGUUCGAUCGAUAGGUAUAAUUUCAAACUUGUUUAAAAUUUUAACGUAAAUUUGUAAUGCACGAGUUUUUGCAUUGAAUUGUUUGAUCCGUUGUGUUUUCAGUAUUUCACAUCGCUAAAGACGACAAAAGAGAGGCAAACUUCCUGAGUUACAGCAAAAAUGACGAGAAAUUUUACCUUGCUGUGAAAAAAGAUAGCGAAGUACAACUGCGUGUAAGUAAAUGAAUUUAAAUAAAGUUGCAAUUUUAGAAUACAUCAGAUCUUGUACAUCGCAUCACCUGGUCAGCCUUAGGUGUUACCAAGGACACGUGAUCUCAAAGUGAGUGAUUGAAGUGAGUCUUGGGUAGCCUGCGUAGCAGGCGUCGAGAGCGAUGGGGAGGAAGGGAAAAAGGGAGAGGGAUUGGGGAGAUAGGCUUGCGCGCUUUUCUCCCUCCCCCCUCCCCUUCCCCUUUUUGCGUCUGCCAUGCAGGCUAGUCUUAGGGUGCCCCGUUCAAUGUAGGUUCUUAUAUAUUGCCACUGGACACAGGCGCUGGGCUUCACGGAUCCCUUACUUCAUGUUGUCCUGCUGUGCACGUGUCUGCUGAUUUAUGAAAUCGCAGUCGGGAUCGAAAUACUUAGAGAUUAGCUUUCCUGGUGUUGUGAUCAUGAAAUUACUUAACACCUUUUUCACGCAGUGGAUGAUCAUUUUUCUUUCUUCUUUUUCUUUUACGACAGAAAUUACUCCACCCUCCCGAAACUGAUAAGUAUUUUUUCUACAUAAAAAAGAUCAAUCGUAAAAGUGAUUCCCCGGUUACUUUCAAGUCAUAUAAAUCAGGCGAGUAUCUUCACUGCAAAAGCGAUAACAGAAGGGUGGUCAUGGAAAAAGCAAGAGGCAAUAAACAGCCGAGAGACCGUGAAACAUGGUUCAAGCUAUUACCAAGGAGGCAGCAGCCACAAGAACAAUUAAUCCAGAUCCAACAAGACCAGCUGGAUGGUAUGGAGAACACGUGUGAAGGCUUUUUAAUAUUGGAGAAUGACGAUUCUGAGGAUGAGGAUCCCGAGCCGUCUGUCAACAACGAGGAUCCAAACGAGGGAACUGACUUCGAAAAACACGCCGAUGAUGGGUAAUGUGCGCGCAGCAGGGCCUAGGGAGGGUAAUUUCGAAGGUUCAAGAGAAGAAUGAGAAAAAGGGGGCACUGGGCUGCUGAUGAACCGGGGAAUAUAAAACUUAGUCGGAGUACGCGGAGAAAAACGACUUCUGACAGCUGAUGGUUUCUCAUUCUCGCGAGCCCCUGGGGAGAUGAUAUCCGACGGAGAAGGAAAGAGAGAGCGUGGAAGAUCCGGUAGAGUGGCAUCUUUUACUAGCCGGAGGAGACUCCGAGAAACAGGUCAGGGGGCAUUUUCUCCAAACCCGGGGGAAAAGAGGAGGAGGAAACUUCGAAGAAUCCCGAGUGGGAUAUAUUAUCCUUAACUUCAGGUACAAGAAAAAGGGUAUUAAAAUAUUUUUUCUUAUUUCCUGUUUGUGA